UACCGUCUCCCUAAUUUCGGCGGGUCCUUUGAGUGGACUUUUUUAAUUGAACAUUUGGUUCUAAAAGGAGGGAACUAUUUAUAGUGCAGAAGCCAUUGUGUGCAUUUAUGUAAGUAAACAGACGGCAGGAGAAUGUGUUUGUCAUUCUGGUUUUGUGGGGUUCUGCGGUACACCCAGGGUUCAACUAGAACGUCUUGCACCCCAGCGCAGAACCUUGGUUCCACCCCAAGAAGGAGAAGAACAAAACACAGAUGAAACAUUCCGGCAUGUCAAAUACAAAACUUUUGCUCUACUUUCAACUUCAACAUUUCCUUCCCAAGUUGGGCCAGGAAUGUUUUUUACGAUUGAUUAAUUAGUAUAUUACACUUUCCCCAAUCAAAAUUGUAUUCCUUCAAUAUCACCAUUAAGGAGACAAAAAAAUAAUAAAAAUAAAUAAAAAAGCUAACGGAAACUAUAGUUUCAUUGCAGCGAGGAAUUCGCGUGUGUGUUUGUGAACCGUCACUAUGCUGAUCUGGAACACACAUUUCUGACCCCCAGACAGAGCGUCCGAUGGCGGAUCCGAACACGGAUUCAAUUCCAUUGAAGCGACGCUGGGUUUGUUCCGAACACAAAGGAUGUCUGAGCAGCAGCAGGGGGUUAUGGGAUGCCGAGUGGCCACAGGAGCGGACAGCCCAUCGCCUUGAUUGUCUCUGUUCUUCAGAAGUUGGGAAAAGCAGACGAGACCAAAGAUGAACAGUUUGAGCAGGUCGUCGUCAACUUCAAGAGACAGGAGUCCGAAGGCUCCAGGCUGCAGAGAGAGAUGAAGGCCUACAUGGCUGCCAUUAAAGGCAUGCAGCAGGCGUCCAUCAACCUAUCAGAGUCUCUCCAUGAGGUGUACGAGCCUGACUGGUAUGGCAAAGACGAUGUCAUGGUCCUUGGUAAGGACAGUGAUGCAUUGUGGGAAGAUUUCCACAAUAAGCUGGUGGAUUCCACACUGCUCAACCUGGACGGCUACCUGACGCAGUUCCCUGACCUCAAGACCAGGGUGGCCAAGAGGAGCAGGAAGCUGAUCGACUACGACAGCGCUCGCCAUCACAUGGAGACGCUACAGGCGUCGGGGAUGAAGAAUGACCGCAAGAUGGUGAAGGCAGAAGAAGAGUUGAAAAAAGCUCAAAAGGUCUUUGAUGAACUAAACGUUGGUCUCCAAGAUGAACUGCCCACACUUUGGGACAGCCGCGUGGGGUUCUACGUGAACACGUUUAAGAACGUGACCAGCCUGGAGGCCAAGUUCCAUCGGGAGAUCUCUCUGCUCUGCAAGCAGCUUUAUGAAGUGAUGACGAAGCUUGGAGAGCAGCAUUCAGACAAGAUGUUCACCAUCCAAGGAGCACCAAGGCGUUCUUCUAAAAGGCCGAAGCGUGAUUCGGGACCGCUCCGUCUAGCCAGAACCCCGUCCCCGCCCGACGAUGAUGACGACAGUCCCCCGACCAGCCCGGAGAUGGGAACCAACCACAUGCUGAUGCCCCACUCACCCGGACCUCCGCGACCCAAAUCCCCCAUGCAGCCGAGAAAGGGUCCCCCGGUGCCUCCUCCCCCCAAGGCCACGCCCACCCGGGAGGUGGCCCAGGAGCAGAUCAUCGACUUGUUCGGAGGGGACUUCCUACCAGCACCCACGCCCUCACAGCCCAAUGAGCGACCCGGAGAAUCACUCAUGGAUCUGGACUUUGAUGCCUUCCAGCCGGACGACAGCGUGUCGCCCAUACCUCAGACAGCUGUCCCUUGGGAUAUGUGGUCGGGAAGUGCCCAACCAGCACAACCUGCGGCCGACAGCGGCUUCGGCUUCGUGGCGGACUGGUCAGCUGACUUUGGCGGCGCCGGCGCUAAUGGAGACGGCCCUGUGGCCCCGGCGGCAGCAGAGAGCGCUGGGUGGCCCGCGGCCGAGGCCUCUCCGGCGGCCGGGCCCGCUGACGAGGCCCAGGCCUGGCCCGCGGCCGAGGCCGAGGCCUCCCCGGCCCGAGGGCCCGAUGACGCCCAGGCCUGGCACGCCGGGGGCGGUUGGGCGGAGCAGGAGCCGGAGGACACUGCCGCCGCAACCCCUCCACCAGCAGCAGCAGAAGAAGCUCCAACGGCAGCAGCAGCAGUAGAUGCUCCACCAGCAGCAGCAGCAGAAGAAGCUCCACCAGCAGCAGCAGCAGAAGCUCCACCCCCAGCAGAAGCUCCAUUGCAGCCCUUGGAGACCGCCGCAAGCCCGACGUCGGCCGCUCCCGUUGAGGUUAGCGGCCCGGCCCCUGACCCCAUCACUAACCCCGGCUUUCAUUUCCCCGCAAUAGGGGGUGAUGUAGCACGACCGCAGGGGGGAGGUCCCACGCACCCAACUGGUGCUGAGGAAGAGGAGGGAGAGGAGCAGGGAGAGGAGGAGUGGGAGGAGGAGGAGGAGGAGGAGGAGGAGCUAGUGGCCAGGGCAGCAGGUGGAGGUCCGACAGGGGAGGAGGCGGGGCGGGCGAUGGAGGACAGGAGGAAGUCCACCCCGGGGCUGAUCAUCACCAACGAGCACGGAGAGGAGAUCGAGGACCGCACGGAGGGCGGGGGGGCGUACGGGUGGGGCGGCCCCUGCUCCUCGGAGGACUCCGGCUCCGAGUACGGGACGUCCGAGGAGUGGGGGGGCGGAGGCCAGGAAGAGGGGGGGUGGGCCGGUGGCGACGCCGACGAGUACACCCCAAAGGGGUCCCACGGGGGCUGGGAGGCGGACGACGACGGGUUCGUAGCGGACGGCUUCGCGGCUGACUGGUCCCAGACCCCCGGGGGCCCCGCGGAGUACCAGGGUCCUGACCCGUCAGCCCAGGGGACGGGUGGGGGCGCGGGGAAGGCUCCGUCGACGGAGUCCCCCGCCGCUGGGGGAUUCAACUCCGACCUCUUCGCCGACACGCCCGGCGGAGGAUUCGACGCCGAUCCUUUCGGCGGCUUCCAGCGAGACCCCUUCGCUCAGGAGAACGGGGGAUUCCCGUCGGACCCCUUCGCCGAAACCCAGGGAGGAGACGCGCUGGGGCCAGGGCCGGGGGCGUCCCCUCCUACGAGUGGACCCCCGGGGAGGUCAGGCCUCUCGGUCACCUUCGCCGACCCAGAGCCUGGGGCCGGCGGGGGAGACCCCGCGGCCCGGAGCGAUCCGUUCGGUCCGUCCCCCGCAGGCGACGCGUUCCUGGCCGAUUUCAACUCCGACCCCUUCGGCGAAGGAGGAGGGGGAGGAGGGGGGGGCGGGGGCACUGGGUGGGACAGUGACCCCUUUGCCGAGGGAUUCAAAGCCUCCUUCCCGGACGCCGGCGGGGCUGACGGCGUUGGCGCGGGGGGCUGGCAGGAGGUGGGCGCCGGGGGCGUCGGUGAGGAUGAGGAUGACUUUGGUGAGUGCGGCGACACCUUCCUCCCAGAAUCCUCGGGCGGCCCGGACGCCGCCGCCUAUGUGGUCGUCCCACGGCCGCACAGAGAGCCGGAGAGCUCGGACAUGUCCGAAGACGAGGCCGCCAACAAGCGCUAUGGGAGGUUGUACCAAGAUAUAGAAACAGAGAAGGACGAGGGGACCAAUGCUUUUAAUGGAUUUGCUCAGGAGGAAGCUGGAUCCUCGUUCUUUGCAGACUUUGAUAACAUGAAGGACAGCGGGGACGCGGUCAAAAGCCCCCUCACCACCAACACAGCAGCCCCAUUGGUCGAUGAAGCGGCCGCCGAAGCACCCGCCGCGACGGUGUUGGCGAGCGAGGAGGACGAGCCGCUGGUGGAGGCUACCUCCCCAUUGGAGGCUGAGGCAGAGGGGGCGGAGGCAGCGGGCGACAUGCCGGAAGAUGUCACCGCAGCAACGGCAGAAGAACCGGUGGAUCGAUCCAGCGCCGAGACCCAGGCGGAGGAGGUUGACGCCAGCCCGACGGAGGCAGUGGUGGUGGAGGAGGUGAAGGAGGAGGUGAAGGAAGAAGUGACAGAGGAGGUGAAGGACGAGGUGAAGGAAGUAGUGACAGCGGAGGUGAAGGAGGAGGUGAAGGAGGUCACCCCCACAAGUCCAAAGGAAGAGGAGAAGCUGGCUUCCCCAGUGUCUGCUCCUGUGGAGGUGGCUGUCCCAGAGCCAGACAUUAUACAGAUCCCCACUGCCGAGGAGGACAAGAUGACUUCAUCCAGCGAAACAGACCCUCUGGAAUCUGCCACGACCCCAGAGGAGCGGAGAGAGAGCCCCAUGGAGGACAGCUCGAAAACGAUGCCUAUCCCUUCCGUGGUGAUUGAACCCGCAUCCAGUAACGAGGGUGAUGACGACCGCGACGGGGACAUCAUUUCCCCCGUCGCCGCCAUCAGUGACAACGGCGUCAUGGCGACAGAAGCCAAGGUGUCCGGAGCCGCCGCUGGUGGCCAUGGGCUCCCCGACGGCUUCCUCUACAAGGUGGAGACGAUGCACGACUUUGAGGCGGCAAACUCUGAUGAGCUGGAACUGAAAAGGGGGGAUAUGGUCCUGGUGGUGCCCACAGCCUUACUGGAGGACCAGGAUGCCGGCUGGCUAACAGGGUUCAAGGAGAGCGACUGGAAGACGCUCGGGACUGCUGCCCCUCGAGGACUUUUCCCCGAGAACUUCACACAGCGGGUGGACUAAAAAGAGGGAAAAAAUAAAAAAGGGAUCCCCCGGGAGUGGGAGAGGAGCGACCGGGAGGGAGAGGAACGCAUGACCAUGCUUCCCAGUCUUAAAACAUGUAGCUGUGUUCUGAACCCCACUCGUACCACCGGUACGCAGCAGGGGGAAAAUAACAACAGGUGAAUCAUCGCGGAAAAAAUGUAACUUUAACCUCCGAGAAAAACCAUACAGCAGUAUAAGAAACACUAGUAUAUACUCCAAGUUAGCAAAGUAAAACAAAAACAACGACACAAGCAUGACGUGAUUAAUAGGUCGAUCCCUCCUUUUGAAUCCGAGAAAUGUGUUUGUGUGUAUGUUGGAGAAAUAUGUAAGAAGUGAUGUGCGUGUGUGGUUGUGUUUGUUUGGGAGCAUGGGGACCACUACACCACCCAACCCCACCCCAACCCCCGACCCCCCCUCUCCCAUCUGUUACCAGAUAAAGAAACCGUGGAAGAUGUCGUCCUGAUUGCUAACGUGACCUUCUCCUCUUCCGCUCAGAGUGUCUUGUUAUUGGUUGCGACGGAGCAGCCCAGCAGUCCGUAUCGAUGUGAUCUCUCUUUAACCCUUUUCACCUGAGUGUUUACAUGAGGCAUUUCAAUGUUUCUUUGAAUAAAACCGUUGUUACGUUGUUACCCAGCAGCCGUUGUUAGUGUAACGUUGUCGUGGAAGCGCCGCCGGGAUGCGGCAGUUGGUCGAUGACUCGGGCGCUUGAUGCGUGGAAUGGUGCGUCGGCCGUCAUUGAGGUUUAUGUUUUGCGGUGCUUUUGCCAAAAUGAAUUGACAAUAACUAUUUGGUCAUCUGAGCAUGUGCGUUUUAACAUGCAAAGGAUAUAUCUCACUCUUGAAAAAGUAAUAAAAGCGUAUCUUCCUGGUAUUAAAUGAAGCGUUGUAUAUCUUUUGAACCCGUCCCUAUUUUUCCUCCUGAAUAGAUGUUUAUAUCAUUUCAAGAGAUCUGCAUAAGAUAAACUCUGUGCUCAUAUAAAUGUACCUUUCUAUAUUUGAGUUUGUGUUCACAGGUACACGAUGUUGGAGUGAAAAAUAAACUGAUAUGCAGCUAUGUGUUAAAUUGUUGGACUUCACACAGUUGGGACUUUACAUAUAUCCGCAGUCCAACUGUGCAGUAGAUCAAUGAGUAUGACGUCACUUCCUCUUGUGCUACUGUAACCCCCUUUCCAUUGAUUUUUUGUGAUGUACAUACCUUGAUUAUUUACCUAAAGGCAAAUAAAGAUUAAAUCACA